ACACAUACCGUAUACUAAACAUAUUGUAUUAUCAGUUUUUUUAUCGUUUUUCGUGUCAUUUACCAAUAAUGGCUCUUGACACGAACUUUCUUGUUUCUCUGUUGUUUUCAUUACUUAUUUUCGCUAUUACUUCAAUUCUUUUCUUGUCGCAUUGUAAGAGUAGUAAGAGCAGAACCAAUAAGAGGCUGCCACCUGGACAAAUGGGAUUGCCGUGGAUCGGCGAAACAAUAGACUUCUGCAAAGCCCAAAAGAAGAACAGAUUAUACGAAGAUUUCAUCCAAGCCCGGAUUAAAAAACAUGGCAAAACAUUCCGAACGAGGCUGAUGGGGCACCCGACCGUGGUGGUGAACGGAGCCGAAGCGAAUAAAUUCUUCUUGUCGAACGAAUUCAAGCUAGUCGUAAGCUCGUGGCCUUCGUCUUCGGUUCAACUAAUGGGCUUAAAUUCGAUCAUGGAAAAGCGAGGCGAAUCACACCGUUGCCUUCGUGCGAUCGUAGCCACAAGCCUCGGCUCUACGGGCCUGGAGAGCCUUGUCCCGAGAAUAUGCGGCACGGUUAAAACGCACCUGGAAAAAUAUUGGAACGGCGGUGCAAAAACGAUUAGACUUUAUAAUCUAACGAAGGUUCUGACGUUUACAAUCGUCAUCGAAUGUUUGCUGGGGAUCGAGUCGAAACCUGGAUUGAUGGAAUUGUUCGAGAGAGUGCUGGAAGGUGUAUUUGCCGCCCCGGUUGACUUUCCGGGGUCGAAAUUUUCCCGGGCGAAGGGUGCUAGAAAUGAGAUAGAGCAAAUGCUGGUCGAUAUUAUCCGGCAGAAGAGAAAGGAAUUAACGGAACAAGUGAAGCAAGAAAGCAGAGUCGAAGACGAAGAAAAGGGAAUUCUACUCACCAGGCUCGUUGAAGCACUUAUUCGUGGUGAUGUCAGCGAGGCGGAGGUUGUGGAUAACGUCGUCUUGCUCGUUUUCGCGGCGCACGAUACGACCUCUUUCUCCAUUGCCAUGACAUUCAGGAUGUUGGCUCAUAAUCCAAACUGCUAUUCUGUACUUGAAAAAGAACACGAGCUAAUAACGCGCGGCAGAGCACCGGGAGAAACUCUCACUUACGAAGACACGAAAAAGAUGAAGUAUGCAUGGCAAGUCGCUCGGGAGAGCAUGAGGAUUUUCCCUCCAAUUUUCGGUUCUUUCCGAAAAGCGAUCCAAGAUAUCGAAUUCGACGGAUACACUAUUCCAAAAGGAUGGAAGGUGUUGUGGACGGCAUACGGAACGCAUUACGAUCCAAUGUACUUUAAAGAUCCUCUGAAUUUCAAUCCGAGUAGAUUUGAAGAUCCAAUUCAGCCGUACGCUUACGUGCCGUUUGGGGGAGGGCCGAGGCUAUGUGCAGGGUACCAACUGGCUAAGCUAAAUAUACUCGUGUUCGUACACUAUGUUGUGACCGGAUACGAUUGGUCGUUAGAAUCUCCCGACGAACCGAUCACUGUAGAUCCUCUUCCAUUCCCUUCUCAAGGAAUGCCCGUUAGAAUUUCUCCGAAGUUGCCGUGAAAAAAGAAACUCACAAGUAUUCGAAUAAGUUUUCUUUAAAUUAUUUAAUUCACUUAAACCUUACCCGAUCACUUUUGUUAUGGACUCGGCCUUACGAAAGCCAUCUUCUCCAUUUUCAGUCUCGGGUUCUUGAAAUUCUUUCAUACGGAAAUAGUAGUAACUCAACAUUUCCGAGUAAAAAUCACGGGAAACUAUCCUGCGAGCAAAUGAAUGUUCGAUUAUUAGAGUAAGAAGAUGAUGAUUAUGAUCUCAAAUUCACUUCCCAUGUUCGUUUAGUACUAACAAGAACGGCCUUCGUGUUCCUUACAAAAUCGAAUACGAGGUUAUAAAUUCCGAGUAUGUAUUGCUCUAACUCGUAAAUCUGAAGAAAUAUUUCGCCAAAAAAAAAAAAGAAAAAACAAAGCAAGACUCUUCACAACAUAUCUUCUUAAUCAGUAGAUUAAAGCUAAAGUACAAGUGGCAGCCAUUUUCGCUAAUUAAAUGGCCUUGCUGACCGUCUACCACGUCCCAUCGACCAAUCAGAAUUCACCGCUCCACUCUAGUACUUUCUAUAUAAACCAUAUUCUCAUAAUCAGCCGUUUCAUCUCGCCGCAAAUCAAUGCCCUCACAUUUUACCUUUUUUUUUUUUUUGUAAUUCCUAAAUUGCGAAUCAAAGAUGAGCUCCAGCGC